AUGUCGUCCUUAGAGAGCAACACAUCAUCAACAGAACAAACAGAAGCACAGAAGCCAUCACCCCGCAGAGCCAUCGGUGAGUGUACAUCUUCUUGUCUGAAUGGGGGUAGGUGUGUCCAUCUAGACUCCUGUAACUGCACUUUAUACCAGGCCACUGGAACACACUGCCAGACAGUCCCCAACCUAGGCUUUGAGCGAGAGAUGACGUGCCGCUCGUGGGGACAAUACAACUAUGAAACCUUUGAUGGACUUUAUUACUACUUCCCUGGAAAAUGCAGCUACACAUUACUGAGAGACUGCGAAGACAGCACUCGGUCAAGUGUACAUAUACAGGUGCAUAAUGACCCAGAAUGCAGUUCUUUCCCAUACUCCUGCACUCGUUCAAUCAGCCUCUUCCUGCCGUGGGAGGGGGAGAUUAGGUUACAGAAAUUCAGUGUUACUUUCAAGGGUCAAAGUGUACAGCUGCCCCAUCACAUCCAUGAUGUUGAGCUGGAGCGAAUCUCUGACUACAUUGUAGUGUCUCAGCCACAGGGUUUCACGCUGGCCUGGCAGGGGCUCACUGGCUCUGUGUACAUCAAGAUGAGUCCUGAGUUUGUAGGACACACCUGUGGACUAUGUGGCAAUUUCAAUGCUGACACUCAGGAUGACUUGAAGACCAGCUAUGGUGUUUUCACACAGGAUUUGGCUAUGUUUGGAAACAGCUGGGCAGAGGAGGAGCCACAGCUGGGCAGAUGUCCUGUUGUUCCCUCUCUUUACCCCUCGCCAUGUGCCACGCAGGAUCCUCGUGUCUUAUUGAAAGUGGAGGAAGUUUGUGCCACCCUACUGAAGGAACCGUUCCAGUCUUGCCAUGAAUUUGUCAGUCCAUAUUCAUACAUGGCCAGUUGCUCCAAUGACCUCUGCCUGUCUGGUCCCAAUGGUGAUGUCGUGUGCCAGGUUUUCACAGAGUAUGCCAGAGCAUGUGCCCAUGCUGGACAUGCGCUGCAUAACUGGAGAGCACACUUUCCUGUUUGCAGUGUAGAUUGCCCCGGUGAGCUCCUUUUCAGAGAGUGUAUUACCUGCUGUCCCAUGCACUGCAAGAUCGAACACAUGUGUAUAGACAGCAAGCUGCAGUGUUUGGAUGGCUGCUACUGCUCUGAUGAUUUGAUCUACGAGAAUGGGGUGUGUGUUAAGGCAUCAGAGUGUCCCUGUGAGCACCACGGCAUGCUGUACCCCUCUGAACAUGUCAUACAAGAAGACUGCAACAACUGCACAUGUGUUGGGGGCAUAUGGAACUGCACUGAGCACAGCUGUCCAGGGGAGUGCUCUGUGACAGGAGAUAUGUUCUUCCAGUCGUUUGAUGGCCGCGUUUAUACAUUUCCUGCUACGUGCCAGUACGUUUUAGCCAAGAGCAGAAACUCGGGCAAGUUCACUGUGACCAUUCAGAAUGCACCCUGUGGAGCCAAUCUGGAUGGUGCUUGUAUUCAGUCAGUCAACCUGAUGGUUGACGAGGAUCCACAUACUGAGAUCACAAUGAGCCAUAGUGGAGAGGUUUUUCUGGCCAGCCAGUUCAGGAUCUCACUGCCGUAUUCAGAUGAUGUGUUGCAGAUCCAGGAGCUGUCAUCCAUGUUUGUUCAGGUGAAGUCAUCGCAGGGUCUGCGGCUGCAGUAUAACUGGAGGGAGUUCAGGCUGUACCUGCAGUUGGAGAAGCAGUGGAGAGAUGAUACUGUGGGCCUCUGCGGAACCUUUAACGGCAACAUUCAGGAUGACUUCCUUGCACCCUCUGGCAUGAUUGAAAGCACACCAUACUUGUUUGGAAAUGCAUGGCGUGUGUCUUCAGCAUGCGUACCGCGGCCCAUCUUACCCCAGCUUGACCCUUGUGACACACACCAGCAAGCAGCCACUUAUGCAGUGGAGAAGUGUGAUGUGCUGAUGCAAGAGGUGUUUUCUGCCUGUCAUGAGUAUGUGAGUCCAGUGGGUUUCCAGCUCCAGUGUCGUGCAGAUGUCUGCAAAUGUGGAGCGCCGUGCCUUUGCUCCAUCCUCGCUCACUAUGCCCGCACCUGCAGGAGACACGGUGUCAUCAUUGAGUUCCGCUCACACCUGCCUGAGUGUGCCAUCACGUGUCCAUCUACUAUGGAGUAUGGAGUCUGUGUGUCGUCAUGUCAGCGUCGCUGCCUGUUUCUGUCUCUCCCUCAGCUGUGUGGAGAUGAGUGUGAGGAGGGUUGCGUGUGCCCGGAAGGAACAUACUUCAACAUGCAUACACACACCUGCGUGCCACGGAGUGAAUGUCCAUGUAGUUUUCUUGGUGCUGACUAUUCUCCUGGAGAUGUGGUCAUGACAUCAUCAGGUGUACAAAUUUGCCAAGAUGGAAAACUUGUUUCCCAGAGCUCAGUUAUUGAUACCAUGUGCCCACCAGGGCAGUUUUAUGAGGACUGUGGGAACCGAGCAGACGGCCACUCGGCCAAUAAAGGUUUAGCCUGUGAACAGACCUGUGAGUCGUAUUUGCUCAACCUCACCUGCUCCACUCAUGAGCCGUGCAUGCCUGGCUGUGUCUGUCCCGCAGGGCUCCUCGAACAUGGUGAUGAAUGUUUCGAGCCACAUGCAUGUCCGUGCUUGUGGAAAGGGAAAGAAUAUUAUCCAGGAGACAGAGUAUCGUCCCCCUGCCAUCAGUGUGUGUGUCAGCACGGCACGUUUCAGUGUGAGUUUCGCCCAUGUCCAUCAAUGUGCACGGCUUAUGGAGAUCGACACUACAGAACAUUUGAUGGGUUCCUGUUUGAUUAUAUUGGUGCAUGCAAGGUGUAUUUGGUCAAGAGCUCAUUAGAUUCAAUGAUGACUGUCACAGCAGAGAAUGUUGACUGCUUUGAGAGUGGCGUGAUCUGCAGGAAAUCUCUCCUCAUCUCCUUGGGACGCUCCUUCAUUGUGUUUGAUGAUGACACCGGGAAACCUAACCCAUCCAGUGUGAUUGAGAGGCAGAAAGUAUAUAUCUGGCAAGCAGGAUACUACACCAUUGUGCAUCUGCUUGGGGAAGACCUCACAGUGCUGUGGGACAGAAAAACCACUGUACAUAUACAAGCUGGACCACGCUGGCAGGGCAAGCUUACUGGUCUUUGUGGGAACUUUGAUCAGAAGACAGCGAAUGAGAUGAGAACACCAGAGAACAUUGACUCGUCAACACCACAGGAGUUUGGCAACAGCUGGACAGCAUCAGAGUGUGUGAACAGUCCUGAUAUAAGGCACCCCUGCAAUCUGAAUCCUCUUCGAGAGCCCUUUGCAAAAAGACAGUGUGGGAUUUUGCUCAGUGAAGUGUUCCAAGUCUGCCACCCUGUGGUAGAUGUCACAUGGUUCUAUAUGAACUGCCUGGUGGACACCUGUGGCUGCAACCGUGGAGGAGACUGUGAGUGUUUCUGCACGAGUGUUGCAGCAUAUGCUCACCGCUGCUGCCAAAAGGGCGUCACCAUUGAUUGGCGCUCCCCCUCUGUCUGCCCUUAUGACUGUGAAUACUACAACAAAGCUUUAGGGAAAGGGCCCCUGAAGCUGUUGACCUACAGAGAGAGAGGAACACUGUUGGCAGCCAAUAAGACAAGUGGACUAGUGUUCCCAAAAAGAGAAAUGACCAGUACUGACGAGAUCCUAAUGUUGUUCAUGAUGACGCCAGGCAUCAGCAAAGCCAGACCACAUGACACAUCUCUGGUGUCAUUUGAGGCGGCAGACAGACCCAACUACUACUUAAAAGCAGAGCGCAGUGGCCAGCUGAGGCUGCAGAAGUGGGAAGAAACUGAGGCAUUCUGGGAUGCAGCUUCAUUUGUUCUUCAUAGAGACACCUGGAUCUCAGGCUUUGAUUCGCUAGAGUCCCUUGCAAAGCCAGGGUUCUUUCUGCAUUUCAUGCUGUCUAGACUCCAACUCAUGAAAUACAGUCACUCAGAUCGGUACCGCCGAGCUACUCUAUUCAAACUGACAGGAGCCAUACCACACUAUCCAAUGGGUCCAAGAUGCCAGUGGCGGUAUGAAUCAUGUGUGAGUCCGUGCUUCAGGACAUGCAGUGACCCAUCAGGUUUGAGCUGUGCCAGUAUCCUGAAGGUUGAGGGAUGCCUGCCUCAGUGUCCAAGUCACAUGGUUCUAGAUGAGGUCACUCACAGAUGUGUCUUUAUGGAGGACUGCAUUAAGCCUGCCGUUGUUCCUCCAUUCACGCCACCCAGUACUGCAGUAUCAUCAACAUCCUCCUCAGAGCAUUCCACCUUGAGUGGUGGAGCGGUUUCUAUAUCACUCACUUCUUCAACAGUGUCAGAGUCUAGCACCACUGCUUCCACACCUACAGCACACAUGCCAAGCACUGCAAAGCUUACAUCUUCUCCUAUCAGACCUGGAGUGCUGGAAACUAUUACCACAUUAACAACAUCCACUUCCUCCCCAAGUCCGCUGGCUUCUACUGAGAGAACCACUAAAGAAUCAACCAUCACCCACAGUUCCACUUCCUCCACCACACUGCAAACUAGCCCAAUGUCUAUCUCAGAAACUCUCUCAGGCACCUCUACAACAAGCAAGCCAACAGAGUCUUUGACACUUCUCACACGUACCACAACUAUCCCCUCACCGUCUACUUUUAGUCCUGCUCUGUCGUCUACCUCAAGUAAAGAGCCGAUCAGAGUAAGCACUCUACCUGUGCUUCCAGUCUCAACCAGCAUAAGCUCCACAGAAGCCACUUCCCCAACAGUCAAAGUGUCAUCUCCUCUCACCUAUAGUACUGAGACCCCCAGAGUCUCAGAGGCCUUUAUACCUACUGAAAAGACCACAAUGCCCUCUGUGACUUCAAGUGGCAGCACACAGUUUCCUGUUGAAACCAUCAGCAUGACAAAGUCCACCUCAUCAUCGACCACAACACCUAUGCUAGAAUUGAGUACCUCUGUCACCACAGAAAAAUUGACCUUUCCAUCAUCUUUACACACUGUGAAGACCCCUGGGAGCACCUCUGAAACCCAGAAGCCUUUGGACAUCACUACCAUUUCCACUUCCCCUACAGAUAUUGAAGCAUCAACCACUCACAUUACAGUAAAAUCCACAAGUUCUGCUUUUCCAACACCACCUUCAGUUCAAACGACACCUUUUAUUCCUUCAACAUCAACCUCAGAGCAACCCAAAACUUCAAAAACAACAGUGUCUGUUUCCACAGCUGCUACAACAACCUUCAUCACCACAGUGUCCUCUCAAGCUGCAUUUGUGCCAACAGAAACUACAGCAAAAACAACCUAUCAGCCAACUUCUAUUAUAUAUCCUUAUCCUGAUGUUCCAACAACUGAUGGAACAUUGCAGACAGAUUGGAGAGUGAUCCAAACCACAUCAACUCCAUCACCAGAAACAACCCAAACCAGUGCCAGGACAGCAGAGACACCACUUACCACCUACACCACCAUGCCAUUCACCUCGGCACCUACAGAAGAAACAUCAACACUGCUUACAUCACAUGUGUCACCCAUUGACAAAACAACUUCUAGAGUUGUCUCAGCUUCUACUAUGCUGAGCUCUACAGAGUCUCACUGGAGUUUAGUUUCCACCACUGCUCUCCUUUCAGACAAAGUCAGCACAUCACCAGUUCAUCCUCCUUAUUCUAUGACAACUAUGACCACCACAUCUGAACUUCCUGAGAUUUCUCCAGCUUCACCAUCCAUACUUACAAUGGCAACAUCAGUAUCUGAAGCCCCAACAAAAACCACAGAAACAACCAUCACUUCUGAGAAACCUCUGCUAACGUCUACUGCAGCUGAGGAGAUUGUUUCUACCACUCAAACAUCUACAGCUAGACCUUGGAGUAUACAUUCUAUCACCGAGACAACUAGGGUUUCUCUUGACACAGAUAGAGCUGUGCUGUCAACCUCUGCGACAACCCAGAUGUCAACACUGGUCCAUGAGACCUCCAGCACCUUUCCUUCAAUGACUUCAAUGACAAUGAUUCCAAAAUUCACAACCCGUGUCACACCAGUCUUGACCUCACGGGUGGCUGUGGCUACCACACGGCGAGAAACUCCACGGGUUGUGGCCACAACCAGCAUUUCACUUCCAACUAGGAAUGCAACGACAUUGACAACACCUGCAACCACUUAUACAGAUAAAGUGACCACUGUUUUCACAGAUACAACUACUUCUAGUAUCCCUGUUGCUGCUUCUAGCACUCUUCCAACACACAGUCCUGACACCACUGAAUACACCUUUGGAUUUACAGAGUACACUACUGAAUCUGGUCUGACCACAACACUGCAAUCAUCAAUUGGAACAACUCCAGUGCCUAGUGUGGCAUCAGUUGUUACCCAGACUACCAUUUCAACACAUUCCACUUCCCCUACAGACAUUGAAGCAUCAACCACUCACAUUACAGUAAAAUCCACAAGUUCUGCUUUUCCAACACCACCUUCAGUUCAAACGACACCUUUUAUUCCUUCAACAUCAACCUCAGAGCAACCCAAAACUUCAAAAACAACAGUGUCUGUUUCCACAGCUGCUACAACAACCUUCAUCACCACAGUGUCCUCUCAAGCUGCAUUUGUGCCAACAGAAACUACAGCAAAAACAACCUAUCAGCCAACUUCUAUUAUAUAUCCUUAUCCUGAUGUUCCAACAACUGAUGGAACAUUGCAGACAGAUUGGAGAGUGAUCCAAACCACAUCAACUCCAUCACCAGAAACAACCCAAACCAGUGCCAGGACAGCAGAGACACCACUUACCACCUACACCACCAUGCCAUUCACCUCGGCACCUACAGAAGAAACAUCAACACUGCUUACAUCACAUGUGUCACCCAUUGACAAAACAACUUCUAGAGUUGUCUCAGCUUCUACUAUGCUGAGCUCUACAGAGUCUCACUGGAGUUUAGUUUCCACCACUGCUCUCCUUUCAGACAAAGUCAGCACAUCACCAGUUCAUCCUCCUUAUUCUAUGACAACUAUGACCACCACAUCUGAACUUCCUGAGAUUUCUCCAGCUUCACCAUCCAUACUUACAAUGGCAACAUCAGUAUCUGAAGCCCCAACAAAAACCACAGAAACAACCAUCACUUCUGAGAAACCUCUGCUAACGUCUACUGCAGCUGAGGAGAUUGUUUCUACCACUCAAACAUCUACAGCUAGACCUUGGAGUAUACAUUCUAUCACCGAGACAACUAGGGUUUCUCUUGACACAGAUAGAGCUGUGCUGUCAACCUCUGCGACAACCCAGAUGUCAACACUGGUCCAUGAGACCUCCAGCACCUUUCCUUCAAUGACUUCAAUGACAAUGAUUCCAAAAUUCACAACCCGUGUCACACCAGUCUUGACCUCACGGGUGGCUGUGGCUACCACACGGCGAGAAACUCCACGGGUUGUGGCCACAACCAGCAUUUCACUUCCAACUAGGAAUGCAACGACAUUGACAACACCUGCAACCACUUAUACAGAUAAAGUGACCACUGUUUUCACAGAUACAACUACUUCUAGUAUCCCUGUUGCUGCUUCUAGCACUCUUCCAACACACAGUCCUGACACCACUGAAUACACCUUUGGAUUUACAGAGUACACUACUGAAUCUGGUCUGACCACAACACUGCAAUCAUCAAUUGGAACAACUCCAGUGCCUAGUGUGGCAUCAGUUGUUACCCAGACUACCAUUUCAACACAGCCCCCUUCUUCCUCUACUGUCACUGAGAGUAGUCCCAUAACCAGUGCAAGUGCCUAUACUGAGCGCCCUCUGGUGGAUGAACACACCACAGUCACAGCCACGGCACCUGCUCCAGACACUUCCCAAACAACACUGAGUUCAUCUGUGAUGACCACUCUUCCCUACACGAUAGAAACAGAGCACUGGAUGACGAGCCAGACACAUGCAGUUUUAAAAACUACAGCUCUCGAGCCAAGCAGAGUAUGCACCUCUCCAUAUUCAGAGGUAGUGGAUGAAUGUACAAAGCUUAUUUGUGUCAGUGGCCAGUUGCUCCUCUUCAAUAAGUCUCAGAGCUGCCCAUAUGAUGCUACACCUCCAAACUGUGGUCUGCUUGGCUUUGCUGUACUGGUCAAUGGUGAUAAGUGUUGUCCACGAUGGGACUGUCCAUGUCGUUGUUCAGUGUUUCCAGAUCUUAAUCUGAUCACAUUUGAUGGGAAAAGUGUUGCGAUUUAUAAAGCUGCUUUAUAUGUGGUGACUCAGCUUCCCAAUGAGACUGUUAGCAUCUUGAUGCAAGAGUGUUCUGGACCAGAUGACACUCUUGUGUGGAACUUUACCCAUUUGUGUCUGGCAGCUUUAAACAUUACUCAUAAAUCCAAUGAAGUGCUCAUCAAUCGUCUGCAGAGACGCCUAUAUGUGAACUCCAGGUACGCCAAGCCACGCUUUAAGAAGUUUGGUUUUGAGAUUCUGGACACAGGAAACAUGUAUCUAAUCCGAAGCCCAGCUGGUCUGAAGAUCCAGUGGUUCCACACUACAGGCUUGAUGGUGAUUGAGAUGGACAGCUAUAACAACAGACUGCCCACAGUGGGCUUGUGUGGUAGUUGUGAUGGUAAUCCUCUGAAUGAUCUGACUCUGUCUAACGGUACAGUUGUGUCUGAGCAAGAGGAUCCGGCCGUGUUCAUCGAUAGCUGGCAGAUUCCCAACACCACCAGCUACGUCAGCCACAGCAGACGGAGGGAGGUCAACUGCACCACGGGCGACUGCUCCCAGUGCAUGAGCAUGCUGAGCAACCGUACCUUCACCAUCUGCCAUCCUUACGUCCCACCAGCAAUGUUCUGUGAGAUGUGGGUGAGAGAUGUGGAGUAUGUGAAUAAUCCAUGUGUUGCUUUGGCCGCUUAUGCUGCUUCCUGCCACAAAUUCAACAUCUGCAUGGAAUGGAGGAGCUCUGAUUUCUGCCCAUUCAUGUGCCCAGAUAAUCUGCAGUACCAAGCAUGUCUGCCUGCUUGCACUGCCCCAUCCUGCCCAAACCAAGAGUUUGAGUUUGUCCCAGAGCAAUGCACAGGCCUUUCAGAGGGCUGUGUGUGUCCAGAGGGAACUCUAUUACACCGGCCCUAUUCUGCCCUAUGCAUUCCACCCAGCAAAUGUGCAUGUACUGAUAGUUUUGGAACCCCACGUACACUUAAGGAGGUUUGGAAAGCCUCGCUGGACGGCUGCUGCAUGUAUAAGUGUGAGAACGACGGCAUAGUGCCGGUGGAGUAUAACUGCAGUAAUAUUCCUCAGCCAGUCUGCAUGCGUACAGGAGAGAUUACUGUCAGCCUUGCCUAUUCCUUUAAUUGUUUUGUGACAGUUUGUAACCAGAGCAUGUGUAAGGCGGCUCCUAUGGAUUGUAAAUAUGGGGAGAAGUUGGUGUCAUAUCAUAGGCAGGACUCCUGCUGCCCAGAAUACUUAUGUGAGUGUGAUCCUGAUCAGUGUGUCUUGGACAUUCCUGUGUGUCGUGAGGAUCAGACAUUGAUCGCCACUCGUGCUGAAGGCAGCUGCUGUUUGGCACACAUCUGCAUGUGUGACAAAUGUUCUGAGGCAGCUCCAGUGUGUCAAGAUGGAGAACUGUUGAUUGUGGACACAAACAGCACAGAGCGCUGCUGUCCAGUUUAUCACUGCUUAUGUGAGACGUCUCGAUGCUUAGACAUCACAUGUCCAGUUGGCAUGGCAGUAGUUUCCACAAGGAUUCAAGAUCAGUGUUGUCCAUUACAGACAUGUGAAUGUGCAUGUGAGAAAAACCUUCGUCCUAAAUGUGCUCUGGGGGAAAGUAUGCAGUUAGACAGAGCAUUUCUGUCUGAUCCGGAGAACCGGUGUGCCUGCAAACGAUUAAUUUGUGUGAGAGAGGCAGUGUGUGUGGAUGGUGAACGGGGAGUGAUGCAGCCAGGGCAGACACUGGUCGAGCACCGUGAUCAGGGUGUGUGUUACACCACACAGUGCACACACACACUGGAUUCUGCCACAGGUUUCUAUCUCCUCAAAGCCACUGGCACUAACUGCACUGCACGCUGCCAGCCUAACCAGAUAUACAUCCCUCCUAAAGACCCCAGCAGCUGCUGUGGCAUGUGUAAGAACAUUUCUUGCCUGAUCCGGAGUGAGAAUGGAUCUGUAACUAUGUACAAGCCAGGGCGCAGCUGGGUGUCUGACUGCAUGCACUAUGACUGUACGGACACUCUGUCAGGACCUGUGCUCGUCUCCCACCCCUACAGCUGCCCCCCUUUCAACGAAACUGAGUGCAUGAAGAUUGGGGGCACCCUCGUGAGUUACAUGGAUGGGUGCUGCAAGACAUGUGAGUACAGAAGUUACAUUCUUUUGUUCAUUUCUGCUCUUGUUAUAACAAGAAACAUGGGUAAUGUUAAUAUUUAAAACAUUCAUCUGUUUCUUUCACAAGUUUUUUGCACUCAAUAUGUAUGAAUGAAAACAAGAGACAUGGCACAGGACUUUUGUUCUGUACCAGCAAGGUAAAGAGCAAAAUUCAUAAACCUAAACAUAAAAACAAUA